UUUAGGUAAAGGACGGACACGCUAUCGGUUAUAUAUGUGUCUGUGGCUGUUGACGGCCUGUUUGGGGCUUCUGCCUGCAAAUCCCGUGCCAUCGUAUCCCGCCUCCAAUAUAGUGGUGGUACAAGGCGUGCCGUCCCCUAUACUAGUACCGACGACGGCGGCUCCCACGACGGCAGCAGCUGUAACAAAUGCACCCCCGCCAACAGGAAUGCCAACUGGCAUGCCAACCGGAAUGCCAAUGCCCGCUCCAACUGGCGCUCCUACACCGCCACCAACUCCGCCGACUCCGCCACCCACGACCACAACUCCAAGAGCGACGACCGGCUCCCUCCCCAUUGAUCCGAGACUCGGAACGACCCCAGGAGUAUCCGCGCAGUAUCAAGGCCCACCGAUAACUGGCUAUAGCGGCCAAAUUCAGACAGCUGAUACGGCCGUGAAAUUCCCCAGACAAAGGAGAGAAGCGGCUUACGAUGCAGAGCUGAGUGUGAAUAUAUUAAAGAUGAGAUGGAAGAAUACAGUGGAGCCCCAUAAGAUUCGUAAGCGACAGAGCUGUCGUUGUGUCCCGGCUGGUACCUGCGUCAAAACGACAUACGGACAAGGAAUGAUAGACAUAAGGAUCGUGACACCGGUAGCGCAAUGUCCGACUGGCCAAGAAUAUUGUUGUGGAAGUACUACAGCGCCCAUCGCUUGUGGUACGUUGCAGACAGUGCCUGCCACAAGUGUAGCACCCGCUGCAGGUCAGGCUAGCUUUGGAGAAUAUCCAUGGCAGGCGCUGAUACUUACGAAGCAAAAUGAGUACAUAGCAGGUGGUGUGCUUAUAAAUCAACUUAAUGUUCUGACUGUGACUCACCGAAUGACUCCAUACGUUGUUUCAGGUACAGCUCCUAAUGUGAAAGUGCGUUUAGGGGAAUGGGAUGCUGCAGGCACAUACGAGCCAGUGCCAUUCCAAGAGUAUAAUGUGGCUAAGGUCUUCUCUCACCCGUCUUACAACGCGGGUACUCUGCAGUAUGACAUAACAGUUCUGAGACUAGCAUCGGCAGUACCCUUCACUCCAGCUACUGGUUCCACUACAACGAUAAACAGAGCUUGUCUUCCUCCGUUAGCUACUGCCACAUAUACCGGGCAAAGAUGCUGGGUCGCUGGUUGGGGAAAGGAUAUGUUUGGUAUGCAAGGGCAGUACCAGAAUAUUUUGAAAGAGGUUGACGUGCCUAUUGUGGAUCCCGCCACCUGCCAGACGCAGAUGCAGACUGCUCGGCUCGGCCCUACCUUCGUGCUUGAUACCACUUCCUUCAUAUGUGCUGGAGGAGAAGCUAAUAAGGACGCCUGUACAGGUGACGGUGGUUCGGGGCUGGUGUGUAACAUGAACGGUCAGUGGGUGGUAGUCGGGCUGGUGGCCUGGGGUCUCGGGUGCGCCAACCCCAACGUCCCCGGCGCCUACGUCAACGUGGCCGCCCUCCUACCCUGGAUACAGCAGCAAGUCGCCGCGCCGUAAAAUAAAAACUCUCUUUGUUAUCCGCUUUAUUAAUACUCGAUGCUAAUCUAAAAGAAACAUGUGAACAACGUUUAACAACUAACAACUUUAAAUUAAAAAAGUGUCCCCGUUUUCUUCUUUCAAACAAUAAUUAAAAGGCGACGCA